AUGCUGGAAAGACAGGGUAAAAGAAAGCAGCUCACCUCCUGGUGCCCAGGAAAGAGAGAGGAAGCGGGUAAGGAGCAGCAGGUCACGCCCAACAGUGACCCACCUUCUCCAGCCACACCUGACUGCUUACAGUACCAGCCAAGUGACAGUUAUCUCCUGACAGGCCGUGUCUCUCAGCAUCAGUUGGGAGCUAGAGAAGAGCUCUGUUCUUACAGGCAGAAGAUCUUGGUUCCAGCUCUGCUGUGCCUGGAUUCCCUGUGUAUCCCUGGGACCCCCGUUACCCGCCCGAUCCCCACCCGCUGCUGGGCCCCUCUAACCCCGCCCCGGCUGCCGCUCCCGCGCCUCCUCCCCGCGCACUCUGCUGUCCUGCCGCACUUCCCUAGCCUCCCGCGGGUCCCGGCUGCCGCUCCUGCCCAGCUCCCCCUGGCCUGCCCCCGGCGGCCCCGGACCCUGCGCCACCACAUGGAGCCCAACGCAUCGGGGAAUGCUUGCACCCCGGGACUGGGGCCGGGACCCGGGCUGGGCCGGGGGCUGCGCCCUGGGCCGCAUGCCAACCACUUCUCUGCUCCGGUGACCGCGCUGUUGGCCGCGCUCAUGGCGCUACUGGCGCUGGCCACGGUGCUGGGCAACGCGCUGGUCGUGGUGGCCUUCGCUGUGGACCGCAGCCUGCGCUCCCGCAGCAACUUCUUCUUCCUCAACUUGGCCGUCGCGGACUUGCUGGUGGGCGGCUUCUGCAUCCCCCUCUACAUCCCCUACAUCCUGACCGGAGAGUGGAAGUUCGGGAAGGGACUGUGUAAACUGUGGCUGGUGACCGAUUACCUGGUGUGCACCGCCUCGGUAUUCAACAUCGUCCUCAUCAGCUACGACAGGUUCAUCUCUGUCACCAGGGCGGUGACUUACAGGGCUCAGAAGAGCAUGACCAGGAAUGCUAUCUUCAAGAUGGCACUGGUGUGGGUGGCAGCAUUCCUCCUCUAUGGGCCUGCCAUCAUCAGCUGGGAGUAUGUGGCCAAAAGAAGCAUCCUACCCCGGGGGGAGUGCUACGCUGAGUUCUUCUACAAUUGGUAUUUCCUCAUGACGGCCUCCAUCAUUGAAUUCUUCACACCCUUUGUCAGUGUCACUUACUUCAACUUGAGCAUCUAUAUCAACAUUCAGAAGCGCAACUCUCUGAGGAAUGACUACACUGUCCCCAGCCAAGAUGGCUUGGAGAUGAACUUCCAGGGAAGAAAAAAGAAACACAUCAUAUUUUUUGUUAAACCCACUGAAAGGAGAAGCAAGAAAAGGAAAGACCAGGGCCUCUCUACCAAGCAAAACAGUCUUUCCUUGGAUGUGCCUGGGACUCAAGAUUUACCGCCUCUGCAGUUAGACCUCAGAACCAAAGCAGCACGGGGUCGGCAGAGCCACUACAGGCCCAGCGAAAGCAUCUGCAAUGCUGAAAGGCAGGCAGACCUUGCCAACACUGUGGCCAGUCGCCUCCGGCUUUCCCGGGAUAAGCGAUUGGCCAAGUCAUUGGCCAUCAUUGUGUGUGUAUUUGGCCUGUGCUGGGCUCCCUACACUUUGCUCAUGAUCAUCCGAGCAGCCUGUCAUGGGACGUGCAUCCAGCACUCCCUCUAUGAGACAUCCUUCUGGCUCCUCUGGCUGAAUUCCGCUAUCAACCCUAUUCUGUACCCACUCUGCCACGUGAGUUUCAGAAAAGCGUUCAUCAAACUGCUGUGCCCUGGAAAGGCCAAGGUCCACCCUCAUAUGUACAUGUGA